GCUGUUCUCCUUUGAUCACGUGACGACUGUGGAUCCAGAAGCGCGAUGGCGGUGGUGUUCAGUGAUGAUGAGUUCCAGCUGGCGUGGAUCGAACUGGACGAGCCGCGGCUGGACGGAUGGGACUUCUUUACCGAGACCAUGGGCGUCAAAGUAUACCGACUGUAUCAUAAGGAAUCCGGUCUGUAUGAAUAUAAAGCCUUCGGCUCCCUGACCGGCUGCUCUUCUGAAAUCUGUGCAGAUGUUUACAUGGAUCUGAACUACAGGAAACAGUGGGACAGUUAUGUCAAAGAACUGGACGAGAAAGAUUUCAGCGGACAGAAGGUGAUUUACUGGGAGGUGAAAUAUCCAACUCCUCUUUCUAACAGGGAUUAUGUGUACAUGCGGGAACGUCGGGUUCUGGAAAAGGACGGCCGUAAAAUUUGGGUGAUUUUAGCCAAGAGCACUUCUGAGUCUCAGUGUCCUGAGAAGAAAGGUGUGAUCCGGGUGAAGGAUUACAAACAGACUCUGGCCAUAGAGAAUGACGGAUCGGGCGGAACCAAAGUGUUUUUGAACUACUUUGAUAAUCCCGGCGGCAUGAUUCCAACAUGGCUGGUGAACUGGGUGGCAAAGACGGGCGUUCCGGCUUUUCUAACGGACAUGAAGAAAGCCUGCUCCAACUAUUCCAGCUACUGCAAAACUAACAAGUGAUGCAUGUAUGAUCGUCUUUCAUUUUCUCUUGCAUUGUUUUGUUUGGUGUCAGAAGGGCAUUCAGGGGGUUGUGGGUCAAGUUAUUGCUGUUUUCAUUGUGGCCAACAUCAGGAAUCCUUCAAGAGCAUUCAGUCUUAAAAAUCUUACUCAGCUGCUCUUGAGUCACAGAAUCAAAAGAUUUCAGGUUUUUAAUGUAAUAUAAAUUAUUUUAGCACUUUAAUCCUAAAUGAUUACAUAAAUUAAGGAAACAUCACUUAACCUGUGUUAUAUAUCACACGCAACCAUUGAGCCUUGAGAUCACAGAGCUGUUGUAGGGUCACAUGCGGUGGCCCUUAAAAUAUUUAAAACCUAAAGUCACACUUAAAAAUGUCACUGUAUUAAAAAACAAAAUAUCAAAGUGUUUUCAAGAAAGACAAGAACACGAUUAAAGCAUUUCGUUUGAUGAGAUGAUGAUGAUCUUUUGACAUCUGUGUGAAUGAAAAAUGUACAUGCACUACAAAUCACUCCAAAGUCAAAUGACGUAAUCAUUGCAAAAAUUAAGUUGUGAGAAAAUAUCCAGCGUUAUUUAUUGGAAGGGUUGCUUUGAUAUUUUGUAAUUUAAUGCAAAGUUAUUUGUAAGUGUGACUAAACUAUUUGUUUUCAUCUUUAAACUUGAACUGAAUACAAUAAUGCACUGAUAUAUCAGGAGAUGUUGUGCAUAUAGCAGCAGUUCUCACGAGGGUUUGUAGAUGAUGUGUGAUGUUUAUACUGUGAUCAUUUAGUGACCUCUGGUGGUGAAUGUGCUGAGAUACGUAUUGGUCCUAUGGUUUGGGGUGUAGGAACCCAUUUAUCCAUCUAAAAGCAAGACGACCAAUGAGUUACAUCUGACGUCUGGGCUCCUUGAGCUCUUUUACCUGCUGAUUUAGUCAAACAAUAAAUUCAAACAAUGAUUUAAUGCUUAUUUUAUCUGAAUUUAUGUUUAGUAGUGUGACUAUCAAGAAAAUCCAUAAAUCAAAUAGCGUCAUUGAGAAUAUUAUGAAUGACUGUAUGCACUUUUGAACCGAUUAGCAUCACGAAUGCAUGCUGUUUACAAAUGAAUCACAAGCACAGUAAGUCUAUAUUGAUCAAAUCUGAGUUUAUUAAACGUUUCAGUUUAUCACCUUCAUUUUACAACACUAAGGGGCGGUUUUCCAGACAGGGUUUAUUUUAAUCCCGGCAUGUUUGAGCUGCCUUAAUUAAAAAAAAUAAAUCUUGCACUGACAUAUCUUAACAUAUAUCAGUGCCAUUGUUUUGUCUCAAGAUGCACACCAGUAUUGGUUUUUGGUAGGUGUGUUUCUAAAAACUACUUAAAUGUCUUUGUGUAACCAAGUCCUGGAUUAAACUAAACCCUGUCUGGGAAUCUGUCCUUAUAGAUUGUGAGGUUUAAAAAACUCGGACACCAGCACUAUAAUCAAAAGAACCUGUAAUGCAACAUCAAGAACCAUUUUAAAACUACUAAAAACUAAUGCUGUCAAACGAUUAAUCGCGAUUAAUCGCAUGCAAAAUAAAAGUGUGUGUUUGCAUUAUUAUUAUGUUUAUAUAUAAAAACACACACACAUGCAAGUAUUAAUUAUGUAUCUUUUUUAUACAUUUGUAAAAACACACACGUAAAUGUUUCUUAAAUAUAUGUAUGAAUGUGUGUGUAUUUAUAUAUACAUAAUAUUUACUUACUGGACACAUACAUAUAUUAUGCAAACAUAAACUUUUAUUUUGUAUGCGAUUAAUCGCGAUUAAUUGUUUGACAGCCCUACUAAAAACCUUUCUAAGAAUGAGUAAUGAUGUGUUGAUUUCUACAGUACAGAUGUUCAAAAUGAAACUUUUGUAUUGCACUAUGCAGCAACACUGGAUGUGAUGAUAAAUGUAUGAUGUAUGGGAAGUUGAUAUGUUUAAAGCAGCACUUGGUGGGUUUAUAUGUUAUAGGAAAUAAAGAUUUUUAAUAGGAAACUUAUACACUGAUGUUCUUUAUACCUCUUAUUAAGUUUCGACAAUCUGUUGAUUGUUUAAAUCAUAUUUUGUUUUAGUUUUGUGACAUCUACCUCUUAAACUUGCAGUGCUGUUAAAUCAUUUGUAUGUUUUUCCUCAAACUGUCCAUUAUUGGUCAUUAAGUUUUUCUUGCAAUAAAAAAACUCGCUCUGCUUUUGAA